AUGCAAAUACGCAAUCCUUCAACAGCAGGAUCAGGCAUCUCGUUGCCUCUUAUCGUCCAUGGCCGUCUCAUUCACAGCACCUCGCGUACUAAGAUUGCGAUAUUGUCUAAGGCCACGCUUGGAGUCAACGAGCAUGGCAAGAUAGCGUUCGUUGAAGCGAAUACUGACCCAACUGAUGCCGCCAAACGGUACGAUGGCUUCGCCAAGGCCAGCAUCCUACGCCUCAAGCCGCUCCAAUUCCUAUUCCCUGGCCUGAUCGACACGCACAUGCACGCGCCACAGUAUCCAAACAUGGCCCUCGGCAUGGAGGGCGAUCUCAAGGAAUGGUGCGAGGGUUGGACUGAUCCCAUCGAAGCCUCGUACUCAGAUACUUCCAAAGCGCAUCGUGUGUACCCGGGCAUGGUAGACACUCUUCUCGCCAACGGUACCACUACUGUGGCCUACAAUAGCAGCAUCCAUCCUGACGCUACCAUUGCACUUGCCGAGAUCUGCAAAGCGAAAGGACAGCGUGCUAUCAUCGGCAAGCUCUGUAUCGAGGUCGGCGCCACGCAUGGGAACAUGGUGGCCGACGUCAAGCAAUCGCUCAAGGAUGAGCAGAAAGUCGUCGAACAUAUCCUUAACAAACUCGAUCCGGAGGGCGACCUGGUCUUCCCCUGCAUUCAGCCCAGAGCAGGUAGCUAUGUCAGCGAGGACCAGAUGAGCGGCCUAGGAAAGCUGUGCCACGGCUACAAAUCGCCACUAUCGCCAGAUAGUGGAAAUAAUGCUCUCCGCGUCCAAGCACACAUGGCCGAAACACAGCUCGAGUACAAGAACAUGCACGAGCUGCAUCCAGGCUACAAAAGCUACGCAGACAUGUACAAUCAUCAUGGCCUUUUCGGCCCCCGCACGAUCCUCGCGCACUGUAUCCACCUCACGGACAGAGACAUAGAAGUCAUGGCGGCCUGUGGCGUUGGCGUGGCGCACAACGCGAAUAGCAACACAUGCCUGCGCGAUGGCUGGUGUCGUGUACGAACUCUGCUGGACGCCGGGGUCAAGGUCGGCUUGGGCACAGACUGCAGUGCAGGUUACAGCAUCAGUAUUCUCGACUCGAUGCGCCAGGCUAGUAACGUCAGUCGGCAUCUGGCGAUCAGCACGGGACGGGAGAAGUGGAUAUUGGGAUUUGAGGAGCUGGUGUAUCUGGCGACAAUGGGUGGGGCGGAGGUUUGCGGCCUCAAGGAUCGAGUGGGAGAUUUCGAGAAGGGAAAGGAUUUUGAUGCUUUGGUUGUGGACGUCGGAUUGGACGAUAAUGUCAAUGUAGAGGGAUGGGAGGGAGAUGCGGGUGCGAUGUUGCGAAAAUGGGUGUUCAUGGGCGAUGAUAGGAGUAUCAGAAAGGUGUUUGUCAGUGGUAAGUAUGUGGCUGGGAAGGAUCUGAAAGCUUAG